AUGGACAUUUCCCCUCGUGCAGCAACGCAAAUCCUCCUCACCCGACUACCUGUCCUGAUCGCCACGGUCAUCCUUGCAUGCUUCGGUCACUCGCCCAACGGUGAACAUCAAGAUCUUUUGACGGAGCUGAUCACGAUACUUGCUCGACCCAUUCUAGGAACCCCAGCAUCCCUCUCAAAUUCUCAGCGGGCGUUCAACCGAGACUAUGGUGUCUGGGGUAGAAUGUGGGUGAGCAAGUGGACGGUACAGGUACCAACGACAUCGACGAACAGAGACGGACAAGUAGCCACCGGAAAUGUGACCCACGGUAGAGACCUCGGCACAGGACAGCCUCUCAAGGAUAACUGUAAGGCCAAGUCCAUGACUCUGCCCGAAGCAGUGCACUUUGCCAUUCGUGAACUGGCAAACGAGAAAGACGACCGGUUGUGUCAAGAUGAGAUGCCACCUUUGAAGCCCGUCGAGGUGGAAUGGACGGCGUACCGGGCCAAAGCAUUCUUCCCCUUUUCACCCCGUCCAUCCACGUCCGAACACGACAUGUACCGUGCCAUGAUGGAUGAAAUAGGAAGCUCUGGUCCAACGAUCUUGUACUUGCACGGCGGGGCGCAUUGCUUGAUGGAUCCCGUGACGCAUCGGUGGUCGACGACGAGACUCGCCAAAGAAUCCGGUGGUCGUGUCCUUGCCGUGCGGUACAGACUCUCUCCACAACACAUGUUCCCAGCCUCCUUGUUGGAUGCGCUAUCGGUGUACAUGGCAUUGAUCUGUCCGCCCCCGGGAUCGUAUCACACGGCGGUGUCGGCGUCGCAGAUCGUCAUAGCAGGAGACUCUUCUGGCGCAGGACUGGCAGCCGCAUUGGUGCUUCUCCUGCAGACACUGUCCAACCACCGAGUCGCACCGAGAUGGUACUCCUCGACGGACACAAAUAUUCCGGAUCCAGUAUGUGCGGGUCUCGCCCUGGUCUCGCCCUGGUUGGACAUCACGCGGUGUUUACCGUCGACGGCCGCAAACGCUCGCUGGGACAUCAUCGCUCCUCCACCUGCUCCUGGAUUGAAUCCCACUCCGGCUUUUCCACCGGAUGACAUCUGGCCGGCGCAUCCGCCACGGGUCGAGACGUACUGCAAAGCCGCAAUGUGCGCGCAUCCACUCGUUUCGCCACUCGCCGCACAGUCCCAUCACUGGAAGGGUAUUCCUCCUGUUUACGUCUGCGUGGGAUGGGAAGGGAUGCAAGAUGAGGCAGAAGUCUUUGCGAGAAGGGUGAUUGAGGCCGAUCCGGAAAAUCAGGUGGUCAUCUUUGAUGGCUAUGAGGGUAUGCCUCACUGUUUCGCCAUGUUUCCUUGGAAUUGGGCUGGAACGACCGCGAUGAGGCGAUGGGCAGAGUUCUGCAGCGACGUUGUAAGAAGUGGUCCACGUUGGGUGUUGAGACCUGUUGCUUCCACGGGGACAUGGACUAGUAAUAGGAAACGGCAUGUACGACAGGUUCCGUUGAAAGACUUGGGAUUGAAAGAAGACAGGCCUGGGCGCUUAGAGAAUCAGUUAGACGACCUUCAUGUGAAUGAAAGACUUGCUGAAGCCAGACGGUGGCGAAUCGAGUUGGAUAACCAGAUGGCUGCCGAUCCAAAGCACCAUCCAGCGUUGAGAGGUUUGGAUUUGCCUUUAUCCCAUCAUGAGAAACAAAUAGAUGUCACGAUAGACACUUGGCGCGAUAGAUGA